CUCUUUCUCUUUCUCUCUCUAUUUGGUGGCAAAUAUGAGUGAACUUUGUAGUAACUGACAGCAACACAAUGCCACAACACUUAUAAAUUGGCUAAUUCCUCUCAGAUCGGUGCAUCCAUCAAGGAAUGGACCCUGUUGCUGCUGUCACCAUUCAACCAUUUUCCCACUGAAACCAAAAUCACGAGUCUAGUGAAAAUUUCUUGCUCUCCCUCUACCAUUUCUCUUCCUGCAUUUCAUUCAGACUACAUCUUCAUCAAGAGAAAACCAUGGAAACCACCUCGUUUUCCAAAUUGGUGGUUGCAUUUUGCUUGGCCUUGUGUUUUGGCUCUCAGUUGAUUCACUCCACUGUCACCUAUGACAGAAAAGCCAUUCUCAUCAAUGGCCAAAGGAGAAUCCUUCUCUCUGGUUCCAUACAUUAUCCCAGAAGUACCCCUGAUAUGUGGGAAGAUCUGAUUCAGAAAGCCAAAGAAGGGGGUCUUGAUGUAAUUGAAACCUAUGUCUUCUGGAAUGUUCACGAGCCUUCUCCUGGCAAUUACAAUUUUGAAGGAAAGUAUGAUCUGGUGAAAUUCAUAAAGACAGUUCAAAAAGCAGGGCUUUAUGCUCAUCUCCGCAUUGGACCUUAUGUCUGUGCAGAAUGGAAUUUUGGAGGAUUUCCUGUUUGGCUGAAGUAUGUUCCUGGCAUAAACUUCAGAACUGACAAUGAACCUUUCAAGAGGGCGAUGCAAGGGUUCACUGAGAAGAUUGUUGGAAUGAUGAAGAGUGAGCAACUCUUUCAAUCCCAGGGUGGACCUAUCAUACUCUCUCAGAUUGAGAAUGAGUAUGGGGCACAGAGUAAGUUAUUUGGAGCUGCAGGCCAAAACUAUGUGAAUUGGGCAGCAAAAAUGGCUGUAGAAAUGGGAACUGGUGUCCCUUGGGUGAUGUGUAAGGAAGAUGAUGCACCAGAUCCAGUGAUAAACACGUGUAAUGGCUUCUACUGUGACAAGUUUACUCCAAAUAGAGCCUAUAAGCCUACAAUUUGGACUGAAGCUUGGAGUGGCUGGUUUACAGAAUUUGGAGGUCCAAUUCACAAAAGACCUGUUCAGGAUUUGGCCUUUGGAGUUGCUAGAUUUGUAGCAAGAGGAGGGUCUUUUGUAAAUUACUACAUGUAUCAUGGAGGAACCAAUUUUGGACGAACCGCUGGAGGACCUUUCGUCGCCACGAGUUAUGACUAUGAUGCUCCAUUAGAUGAAUAUGGUUUGAUUAGGCAACCAAAAUAUGGUCAUCUAAAGGAGCUUCAUAGAGCUAUCAAGAUGUGUGAGCGAGCUUUGGUUUCAACUGAUCCAAUUAUUACUUCAUUAGGGGACUUCCAACAGGCUCAUGUGUACUCUACAGAAUCUGGAGAUUGUGCUGCUUUUCUCUCAAACUCUGAUGCAAAAUCCUCUGCUAGAGUGAUGUUCAACAACAUGCAUUAUAGCUUACCUCCUUGGUCUGUCAGCAUCCUCCCUGAUUGUAGAAAUGUUGUCUUCAACACAGCAAAAGUUGGAGUGCAAACGUCUCAGAUGCAAAUGUUGCCAACGAAUAAUCAAAUGUUCCCAUGGGAGAGUUUUGAUGAAGAAAUUUCUUCUCUGGAGGAUGACAGCGCCACAAUCACUGCCUCUGGUCUCUUAGAACAGAUAAAUGUAACACGGGAUACGAGCGAUUAUCUUUGGUAUAUAACUAGUGUUGAUGUAGGUUCAUCUGAAUCCUUUCUACAUAAAGGUGAACUCCCAACUCUCAUGGUUCAGUCUACAGGCCAUGCUGUGCAUGUUUUCAUCAAUGGUCAACUUUCUGGUUCUGGUUAUGGAACGAGGGAGAGUAGGAGGUUCUUAUAUACUGGCAAGGUCAACCUUCAUGCUGGAAAAAACAGAAUAGCUCUGCUCAGUGUUGCCAUUGGACUUCCUAAUGUGGGAAGUCAUUUUGAGACAUGGAACACAGGAAUCCUAGGCCCAGUUGCACUCCAUGGACUUGACCAGGGAAAAUGGGACUUGUCCGGGCAGAAAUGGACAUAUCAGGUUGGGCUGAAAGGAGAGGCCAUGAAUCUUGCUUCUCCAAACAGUAUCUCUUCUGUUGACUGGAUGCAGUCCGCAAUAGUUGUACAAAGAAACCAACCAUUAACAUGGCAUAAGGCCUAUUUCGAUGCUCCGGAAGGAGAUGAACCAUUGGCAUUGGACAUGGAGGGUAUGGGUAAAGGUCAAAUAUGGAUUAAUGGACAGAGUAUUGGAAGAUAUUGGCUUGCAUUUGCUUCUGGUGAUUGCAAUGGUUGUAACUAUGCUGGGUCAUUUAGACCAACAAAGUGCCAACUUGGUUGUGGCCAACCAACCCAACGAUGGUACCAUGUCCCCAGAUCUUGGUUAAAGCCAACUCAAAAUCUAUUGGUUAUCUUUGAGGAACUUGGGGGAGACCCUUCAAAAAUCUCACUUGUGAAGAGAUCAGUGAGCAGUGUAUGUGCUGAUGUAUCAGAGUUCCACCCAAAUAUUAAGAAUUGGCACAUUGAGAGCUAUGGGAAGUCACAAGAGUUCCGUGCACCAAAGGUUCACUUGCACUGCAGUCCUGGCCAGACUAUCUCUUCCAUUAAAUUUGCAAGCUUUGGAACUCCUUUGGGGACUUGUGGGAACUAUGAGCAAGGAGCUUGCCAUUCACCCGCAUCCUAUGCCAUUUUAGAGAAGAAAUGUAUAGGAAAGCCAAAAUGCAUAGUCACUGUAACAAACAGCAACUUUGGGCAAGACCCUUGUCCCAAUGUAAUGAAGAGGUUAUCUGUUGAAGCUGUUUGCACUCCAACAAAUUGGAGGGGUUGAUAAAAGGCAGCACCCUUUUAAGUGUAGUGUGUAGUGACUUAAACUGCAAGGAGAAAAAAGGAAUGAGUAAUAAAAAGGAGUAUAGUUAAAGCUGAAAGUAGUUCACUAGAUUGAGUGCCAUAGUAUAGAAGUAUGAACGUGACACUUAGUUUGAAAUUGUAUUUGGUGAGAUCAAUGGGGUUUGUAUAAAUCACUCAUAGUUAGAUAGGCGAAUCUGAAACCAGAGGGUCUGAAAUUUGGAUCCUUGUGUGUGAAUUUAGAUAACCAGUCCCCGAGCUUUUAACCGGAAAUGGGCACUGGGAAGAGAAAAAAUUAAGCUGGUUUGAUUUGUGUUUUUGUUUGUGUUAAUGGGGUGACUCAUAACACAAAUCAGGUUCAAGUCGGGAGCGGAUCCUACUGUAACCAUCGUUUGAUGAGGUUCAUGGUAAUAGAAGUUCAUUGUUCUUCUGUC